AUGACUCACAUAGGGUUGUUGGGAUGUUGUGCUGGCCUUCUAGCCAGCGCCGCCGCACCACAUAUCUCGUUGGCGCUUUCCCUUCGAUCUGGCAUAGCGACAUCCCAGCAAAACAGCCUCCACGCAAAUUUAUUUGCAUCCGGCCAAGAUUUGCUGCGGACGACGGCGACUCCUACAGCCGCUGAGAAAACUGAUGAUUGCCUGGAGAUCAUAAACAAGCUACGGAAGGAAAAUCUAAAGGACCUGUUGGAAACACUCACCAAGGCAGAGGGAAGCGACGUGAUUGCAAGCCUGAAGAAGCUCCAAAUAGAGAACCCAGAUCAACUUAGUGCAGCGAAAAUUGCAGAAAAACUCGCGGGCAGUGACAACCAAAACUGUGAAUCGGGCAAGAGCGCGAAUGCGAAGACAUAUCCCGGACUCGUAAUUCCAUUCCCGCAUGACGAGAAUUUUAACUGCAACGCUUUGAUCCAGGCGACUUACACAGCUGGACUCGACCACCUCAAACAGUCGAACUUCGAGCCAUCAACAGGAACAUAUGAUGUUGACAGAGCUCCAUUUAAUAACUUAGACGCCAGCAAUGUGGCGUUUCUGCUGUCAGCGAAAGGCACAAAGGUGUCAUGUGCCGCCACCGAAGACUGCGAAGAAGGCCACGACAUUUUAUUCUGCUACUUCAUAGAGCCACUUCGAAAUGGAGAAAAGCCCUUCACAACUGAGCUUUACAAUGCCCUCUGGGGAUUAGAAGCAGGCGCAGCGUCCAUCUCAGUUCCCAGCGUCGCCACCGUCCUUUUGGUCCUCGCCCUGAGCAUUCGGACUUGA